AAAGUUGGACAACCUGUUUAUCAAUCGUAGUUGGAGGUGGUUGCUAGCAAAUUUUGUCUGUGUGAUUUUAUUACGGGUUUAUUUAUUAUCGAUAAAUUUACUUUGACAUUUUCACAAAAUCAAAAUGUUUAUAAAACCAUUUAAAGUAAAGUCAAAUAAUCAAUUGAAGGGAACUGAAAGGAAAAAAUUAUGCGAAGAAGUUUUAAUCGCAUACCCAAGUCUAACAGAAGAAGAAAUACAAUCACUGAUUCCUAAGAAAGAAGCAAUAAGCGUUAUGAAAAUUGUAACUCACAGUGGACUCUAUGGAAAAGUUUAUUGCGCUGCUAAAAUACCCAUGUUCUUUCAAAUUGAUUCUUUAAACGACAUGUUAUUACCAACUAUAUAUACCUUAUGGUGUCAUCCAAAUUUGUUAAUAGCUUUUACAACAUAUUCUGCAGUUAUCCUAAAAUUAUCAGGAGGCGCAGAUUUAAUGUUACCUGGAGUCAUUGUCAAAGAACCUGUAACAUUAUAUACCUUUGGAAAAUUGAAGAAAGGUACACCUGUUUCAGUGAAUACAAAAGAUAACAAGGCACCAGUUGCUGUUGGCAUUACAGCACUUUCCAGUGAAGAUAUGUAUAUGUCAGCAGGUCAUGGGAAGUGUGUAGAAAUCCUACAUGUAAUAGGUGACACCCUUUGUCAGUUAGGAAAGCCACCUUUAAGACCAAAUUUAGGGCCAGUAAAUAUUGAUGGGGAUAAUGAUAAAUUAGAAGAUCAAAUUAAUGAAGAAACCAAUGAUAGUAACGACGAAUCCCUUGCUGAUGCGAUUAAUGACUUGGAAAUCAAUAAUGAUAGAGUAGCAGAAAUUGAAGAUCUUAGUGAGAGUACCAUGGAGGAAAGUAAAAUAGAAGAAUCAGAAGAGAUAGAAAAUAUAACUGCUUGUCAAUCACAGAUGGUUUUAGAUCCAGUCAAAGAAAUGGAUAAUUUAUUAGAGUACUGUUUUUUGAAAGCUUGUAAAACAUCGGUGAAAUCUACCGAUUUACCGAUGUUAACGUCCAAUUUCUUUAAGAAUCAUUUAAUCGCGGUAUGUCCGUCUAAUAAAAAUGUUGAUAUAAAAAAGUCUCGGUACAAAAAGUUAUCUGUAUUCUUAUCGGAAAUGAAAGAAAAAGGGAUCAUCGAUACUUCCGUUAUGAAAGGAGUUGAAAGUAUAUUAUCUAUCAAGUUUGAUCAUCCCCUUUUGAGGAAGCUAGUCAUUUUAGAAGAACGUAAAUCGGUCGAUCCAGUUGAAUCAAAUACAGCAGUCGUCUCGGAAUGUUACAAAGUGACUGCUGCUGUUUUACCUGUAUUGUCAAAAUUCGGAUAUGAAAAAGGGGACGUAAUGAAAAGAGCUGAGAUCAGAAAAUGUUUUACUGAUUACGUGAAAGCAGAAAAUCUUCAAGAUGGAAAGACGUUGAAGUUAAACCCGCAACUGGCAGGUAUUAUGAAAACCAAAGUAAAUCAGGAAACCGUAACAAUGGAGGAUGGAAUAAACAAAUUUAUUGGACGUAUGACCCAUAUGCAUGAAGUUACUUUAGCAGGAAAUAAAUUGUUACACACAGGCAAAUUGGAACCCAUCGACAUGAGGGUCACUGUUCGAUCUGGCGGUAAAAAGGUUACGCUAAUAAACAACUUGGAAACGUUCGGUAUAAAUUCCAAGGAGUUUAGUAAAGAAUGUCAAAAUAUUGGAGCUAGUGCAACAAUUACAGAUGAGCCUGGAAAAAAGACUCCCAGUGUUCUUGUUCAAGGAAAUCAGAUUUUAUACGUUUACAAAUUACUUACAGAAAAAUACCAGAUUAAAAAGACCUAUAUAAGGGGAUUGGAAUUCGCUCCGAAGAAGCAAGGUUCCCACAAAAAAUAAACUGUAUACAUUAGAAGAUAAAUUAUUGUUUAAAAAUCAAGCUUCGCAUCGUUAUAAAAUAAAGACUGUAACAAAAGC